CAGGUUUGUUGCUGUUCCAGGUUCGUGUUAAAGACCGAGUUCAUCCCGUCCAAGUACCGCGCCAUCCUGCUUCCUCUGGCCUCGGUGUUCUGGAUGCUGGGCUCCAUGCUGAUCAUCCUGCUGGGGAUGCUGGUGGUCCCAUCGAUGGGCUGGAGGUGGAUGAUCCGCUUCUCGGUCGCCCCGAGCAUCCUCCUCAUCUUCCUCUUCAAGUUCAUCCCUGAGUCAGCCAGGUAUAACGUGUCAGCAGGUAAGAUGGCGGUUGCCAUGGAGACACUGCAGAGAAUCGCCAGAAUGAACCGAGCGUCUCUCCCCCCGGGACGACUGGUGGAGUCAGUCGUGAGUGAGCGAGGCAGCUGGAGGAUGCUCCUCAACUCGUCUUUCAGACGCACGUCUCUGCUGCUCUGGUACACAUGGUUCGUGGCGUCCUUUGCGUACUACGGCUCCGUCCUGAGCAGCUCGGAGCUUCUGGAGAAGAACUUGCUGUGCUUGUCCAACGCGGUAGACGAGCACCGUGUCCAACGGGAGGACGGACGCUGUUACUGCGUCCCCUUCCAGUCCAACGACUACCAGACGCUGCUCGUCAGCUGUCUCGGAGAGGUCGCACUGGUCCCACUGAACAUUGGUCUGCUCAACAUCUUUGGACGGAAGAUGAGUCUCACCGUGCUGCAGCUGGUGGCGGCCAUUUUGUUCAUGAUGCUCAACAUCUGCACCACAAUGUUUGGCUUCACCGUGCUUCUCUUCCUGCUCCGCUCUCUGGUCUCCAUGAACUUCACCGUGGUCUACAUUUACACUGCAGAGGUUUAUCCGACGGCGGUGCGCUCCUUGGGGAUGGGUUUCUGUACAUCGUUCAGCCGGAUCGGGGGAAUGAUCGCUCCGUUCAUCGCUCAGGUGCUGAUGUCCCAGUCCGUGAUCCUGGCUCUGUCCCCCUUCUCCGUGGCGUGUGUUGUCUGCGCUCUGGGAAACUUCCUGUUGCCAAUAGAGACGCGAGGACGCGCUCUUCUGCAAACAUCCUGAUGCACAUGUUCCUGUUUUAAAUUGUUACCUUUGUGUGUAAAGAUAAUAAAUUAGUUUCUUUA